AUGGGUCCCGACAACUUUACUGAUAAAGAUAUUGUUUUCAGAAAACUCAGAGCAAAAUCUGAGAACAAGGUCUGCUUCGAUUGUAGUGCGAAGAACCCGACAUGGGCAUCAGUUACGUACGGGAUAUUUCUCUGCAUGGAUUGUUCAGCUACGCAUCAGAGUCUCGGUGUUCAUAUCAGCUUCGUCAGAUCAACGAAUUUAGACUCAUGGAGCUCUGAGCAGCUCAGGGCAAUGAUGUUUGGUGGCAACAACCGCGCUCAGUUGUUUUUCAAGGAACACGGAUGGACCGAUUGUGGCAAAACCGAGGCUAAGUACACUUCAAGGGCUGCUGAUUUGUAUAAGCAGAUUCUUGCUAAAGAAGUUGCUCAAGACACUAAUUCUGCUCCAUCGUCCUCAUCUCUCGUUGUUACUUCUCAGCUACCUGAAGCAUCUAAUGCUUCUGAUGUCAAGGAAGAGUUACCUUCUAAUGAAACUUCUUCUGUCAAACAUGAAGCUACCGGUGUGACUUCUUGGUCCAAAACUUCUAAUGCUGUUAUUCACAGUACGUUUAAGAAACAUAUUGGUGCGAAAAAAAAGGGCAAAGUUGGUGGUCUUGGUGCUCGGAAAUUGACUACCAAGCCAAAUGAAAGUCUCUAUGAGCAGACACCGGAAGAAUCUGCACCAUCUUUAACUAAUAACAGCGGAACCAAAUCAUCAUUUGCUUCUCGGUUUGAGGACAUUGACGACGACUCACAUUCUGGAGGAGAAAGUGGUGGUGGUACACUAGUGCUUAGCCACGUUGCUGAACCACCAAAGUCAUCAUCAAGCUCCAGCUCCACUUCUUCCAACAAAUAUGCUGAUCGUGAAUCUGAUGAGGAGGUCUCGGAGAAGAAAGGUUUAUGGUCGUCGGUAGUGAACAUAGCGGUACAAAUGAAGAAGGCGCUCACUACAAGACGUCCUCCAAUAGAUAUUUAUUUUAUCCGUAGCGAAGUGACAGAGGUAAUGGAGAAAUUGCAUGCCUCCGAUGCUGAAACCAUCCCUCGUGCCACCCGUAUAGAAAUGGUCAACCAAUUGAAUUGCUACGUCAUAAUGUCAUAUUGGCGUCUUUGCGAUGAUUAUGAAUACGGACCCAUAAUUGAGAGUUGCCGAAAGGAUGUGCUGCUCUUAUUGAAUGAGAUAUAUCCGCCGAUAAUAGAUACGCCGGAAAAUUAGUUCCAUCAACAAGUCGGUCUAAUUAACAAAGGACUAGAAAUUGGUAUGCUUUUUAUUUGGUCCUAUGUGUAUGUAAGUUUGUGUGGGUACUAAACACACUGUGUAGUGUGUAUUAAUAACAUGGGCCGAACCUUAGAGCCAACUAGCC